GUGCACAUCGUACGAUGGAUCAGGUUUCUUCGUAACGUUUCCAAAUUUUUUAUCGGAAUCAACGCAUGUUAACGGUGCAAAAUAAUAGGAUAAUAACAAUAAUAACACAAGUAUGAAAGUAGACAAUACAGUUAGCAAAGCGAUAGAAAUUUGUCUACGAAUUUUUGGCAUCUGGCCGAAUACAUCGUGCGCUUUAUUACGUAGACUCUUCUGGAUUGCCACGCUCGUAAUCGAGCAAGUCUUUCAAUAUCGAUAUAUUGUAAUGCAUUUUUAUUUGAUCGAGUUUUCCGACAGGAUGAAAAUUUUAGGUUCAGCCAUGGCAUAUUCGAUACUUUUAACUAGACUUCUCAUUUUUUGGUAUAAGCAACGAACGUUCAACAAAAUAUUAACGAUGAUGGCGAUCGACUGGGAAAAAUGUACCAACUCAAAAUUUAGUAUGUUAACAACGAAGUGCAAUGCCAAACUGUCGCAGCGCUUCACUAACAUAACGGUGAUUCUCUAUUUGACAAAUGUAACUCUUUUUAGCAGCAAUAUCUUCAUAAAAGAUAUGGAUGAUGUCAUAACUUCCAACGUUUCCACACGAUCACUCAUUAUAGACAUGGAUUUGCCAUUUGACGUUAAUCGAAGAUUCGUAUAUGAAUCGGUCAUAAUUGUUCAAUUUCUUCACAUGCUGAUAUGUGCUAACGGAAUGGGAUUAAUAAAUGCUUUCCUUAUAAAUUUGAUUUUGAAAGAUUCUUGUGCAGCGCGUAAAUUUAAUAUGUCAUAA